CUUAUAUACAUAUGUGCUUCUAAUAAUAAUUGCUAGGUAAUACGCUCAGUCAGUUGCAUUGAGGCCUUAGCCAUGAAUGAUAGUCUUAAAGUCUACGCUGAGCUGCUCUCCGCCAUUGUCCGCUUCAACAGCAUUACAACAAUUGUAUAUUAUGAUCCCGAGAAUGGAAGUGAGGAGUGUCAAUUGGUUAAGCUGUUAUCAUGGGUGGGCAAGAGCAUUCCUCUGCUCUUGUGGCGGUCAGUGGAUGCUGUAAAGCUGAGCAGCUUGGUCAAUGCACAGCUGGUGUUCGUGGCGUGCUUGCCUGGACUCUUUCGCCUCGAUUUGCUGAAGACAAUUGCAACAAGCUUGCAGUAUAUACGGGAGACCAAACUGCUCAUAGAACUGGCCAGCGAUCCGGAUUUGGCCCUGGUCAACCGAGUGUUGCAAUAUUGUCUGCAAAGUCAGAUGCUCAACGUUGCCAUCACUUUUCGAGACUUUGGACAGACCCAGACGUUGUACGUGUACGAUGCGUAUCCCGAAUUCAUGCUGAAGAGUCAAACAUUUUCGGAUCAGCAAAAUAUAUUUCCGGACAAAACAACUGAUCUGAUGGGCUAUCGGAUUCGCACGAUGCCCGAUCUCUCAGAGCCAAACACGAUCCUCUAUCGGGAUAAGGCUGGGAAUAUUCGGCUGCUAGGCUACGUCUGGAAUAUGGUAUCAGAGUUCUCGCGCAAACACAACGCCAGCUUGCAGCUGAUCAACGAGGGGAAGGAGCUGAAGUACUUGACCCACAUCCAAGUAUUGGACCUGGCGCGCGACAACAUCGUGGAUAUAGCGGCAAGCGUGCAGCCACUGACACUGCGACACUUGGACCGCUAUCAUCAGUACGCAUAUCCAGGAAACAUCGCCAGCUGGUGUACCAUGCUGCCCAAGGAGCCUUUCAUCGAGCUGCGAGAAGCAUACCUAUGGAUGAUGCCAGCGAUUACCUUCUGCUUGCUGGCAGUGCUUUGGCUACUACACGAACAGCUGAGGUGUCGUUGGCAACGCUAUAGACGUCAACUUUGCAUUGGCUGGAAGGUGCUGGCCAUAAUGUUGAUAUGCAAUGUGCAGGGCAGGCUGCUGAUGGUCUUUAUUGCACCGCCCACUAAGACAUCUAUUACCAGCUUUGAUGCACUGUCCAAUUCCAAGCUGCGCCUCUUCGGCAUCAGAUCGGAACACAAUUUGUAUGACUUUGAUACGCGCACGAGAUACUCGCAGGUGUUCUACCUCAGCAACAAGAUGUCGGACCUGCAAUGGCACCGGAAUUCCCUGAACACAUCGUACGCCUACACCGUAACCUACACCAAGUGGCAGCUAUACGCGGAGCAGCAGGCGUUCAGCCGCCGCCCGUUGUUUUACUACUCGGAGAAGUUUUGUUUCUAUCAAUAUGUGCCCUUCGGCUUGGUCAUUCCGGAGAACUCGCCGCAUCGCGCCACGCUUCAUAAUUUCAUCUUGCAGUUGAGUGAAUCGGGUCUGCAUAACUAUUGGGUGACCAAGAGCUUCUACUACAUGGUGCAGGCGGGGAAACUGAAAAUUCAGGAAUUUGGCGAAGUGCGUAGUUUUCAUUCGUUGUUUAUCCAGGACUUAUACGACGUGCUGCUAGCUUAUCUACUCGGUACCAUAAUUAGCCUCAUACUCUUCGGCAGCGAGCUAGCUAUAUAUCAUGCAACAUAUUGGCUAAACAAUUAAAGAGUUAAGGGUGAAAGCAUAAUUAAAUACCUAUGUGAGCUUUGUCAGUAAUAGUUUAUUUGAGUUCCGUAUAUGAAAAUA